GCUUGUCACGUGUCAAGGGUUGUCCCUACGUGCAGCCAUUUCAACGGAAGGCGUUUGCUGUCGGUUCUUAUUUUGCCCUAUUUGGCGUCGAUUUUAACUUUCAAGUCACCGAUCCUGCUCGGUUCACUUGUGUGGAUUACUGGCUCGGCCGUGGAUUGUUGUGUUUCGCCGUACCUCGGAUAACCGAUCCGCGAAAUCAUGUCGAACCCCAGAUGCGGGAAAUGCGGCAAAACGGUGUACCCCGUCGAAAAACUAAAUUGUUUAGACAAGUUUUGGCAUAAAGGAUGUUUUCGCUGCGAAGUCUGUCAUAUGGCCCUCACGAUGAAGAAUUACAAAGGCCACAACAAGUUACCUUACUGCAACGCAAUUAUCGAAGAAUAUCAGAAAAAGAUGCAGUUAAUGGCUGUAUGUGUGCAUACAGAUAUUAGAACAACGAUUAAAUACCAUUCUGACUUUGAAAGAGGAAAAGGAAAAGUGUUAUCAGUCGUGGACGACCCCGAGACGAUGAGGAUCCGAAAGAACACCGGUAUACAGAGCCAGACUACUUAUCAUGGACAUCAUGACACUAAGUACAUGAUGGAAGCGAGACGACCGUUAAAAGACGAAGACGGUGUCAGACAACCACGUCAAGCAGGUCAUCAUCCUGGUUCUUUAGAGGAUUACGAUCCAAUCAGAGACUUGGAAGCAGUGAGUCAACCCCCUAGGAGAGUGGGAAGUAUCGAUAAUUACAAUCCAUUGGCAUCCGAUACAACUAGAACCACAUCAUAUAAGAUGCAGCUAUCGACCCCAGUUACCAGCCCGUCCAUCCAUAACUCAAGUCAACCACCUCCUCCUCAGACGUACCAGCCUCCUCCCCAGACAUACCAGCCUCCUCCCCAGACGUACCAACCACCUCCUCAGACAUACGACCCCCCUCCCCAGACAUACCAACCACCUACUCAGACGUACCAACCGCCACCCCAGAAAUACCAACCGCCACCCCAGACGUACGAUCCACCGCCCCAGACUUACCAACCACCUCCCCAGACAUACCAGCCUCCCCCUCAAGACACGUAUCAGCCACCCCCUCAAACCUACCAGCCGCCUCCUCCAGUAGAACAGUAUGAACCUCCACCACCAGUGCAGUCCUAUGCUCCUCCCGUGUCACAGUCCCAAGCCAAGUCAAGGGGUCUCUGCUACCAGGCAAUUUACGACUACACUGCGGCGGAGGCUGACGAGGUCACUUUUCUUGACGGAGAUAUUUUAAUUAAUUGCGAAAUAAUAGAUGCCGGAUGGAUGACAGGAACCAAUGAGAGAACAGGCGACACCGGUAUGCUUCCGUCAAACUACGUGGAGCCGCUUUAA